GUGUUUUUGGGCACUUUUUGCUGUGGUAUGACACAUACAUCAUAAGCCUGGCCUAAGUAACAGAGUGAUAACUGCAGUUCCCAGUGAAAGGCUCUGCUUUAAGAUUCAAGCAAAACGUUCGAAGUGCUUCACCAAAGAAGGAUGUGGUCUGUUGUCACAGCAACCCAGCCUUUCAGCCAAACCAUCAACAGGGUAAACAAGAUUGCCAACAAACACUACAAUGUAGAUUAAACAGUCGCACACAAACACACAAACACAGGCCACUGCAGCCAUGAGUUCCUAAGCACUGCUGCUUGGACACCAGCAAACGUCUGUAAACUGAAAAGCUUUUGUGUUGGUAAUCCCUUUGAGGCAGCAGUCAGGCUAGCAGGCGAGUAAUUCUGUCAGAGCGGCAGGGCUCCUUGAUGGUUUUAUUACACUUGGGGACCCAGAGAUGUCAGGGUUAGGUUUCACUUGAUUUCAUUUGUGGUAGGCAGGUGUGAGAGAGAGAGAGACGAGGUUUAUAACAAAUAGAAGUUGCUUAUAGUACUAUUACAGUACAGGGACCAACAGAGUUCAAUAAAAAUGGAGACUGGCGAGAAAGCUGAGAAAACAAAAAGUCAGUCUGGUAGCGUAGAGAAGAUUAGGACGAGUUUGUUUCAUCGCCUUCUGGAUAAGAGGAUGCUGCUGAAUCCCAAGGAAGAAAUGAAGUUCCUGCUUCAUCGGCUAAUAUUUAUUGCCAGAAUAUCACCCGAGCUGGCUGACAAAAGGGACCUCGGAGGAUAUUAUGAGCAGCUUUACCAGGACCUGCAGCGUUACUAUCAGGGCGAUGGUGUGACUGGCCUACUUCUGCUCUACCCCUCCUACAUUCUACACAUUGUGGAGUCUUCCAAUGAUGUUCUUUUUUCUGUACUGCGGGAUCUGGUACACAUGCAGCGGCAAGGACACAGUGCCCUUAUUCUGGAGCCUCGGAUCCUGGUGAUCUCUCAUGACAUUCCCAACAGGCUGUUUCAGCAGUGGAGCUACAAGGUCCUAAGCGUCCCAGCCAGGAGGCUGGCAGCGGCAGAGCAAACCGAGUCACACGAGAAACUAGUGAGCGAAUCCCUGACCAUGCUCAUGAAACUGGGGGUGGAAAUGCUCAAGACUCCCAAGCGUUCUAAAAACUCAGCUGAUUCUGUCCUGGACAAGGAGCCCGAGCUGAUCGUUCCCCAGGACAACAUUGAGCAGCUGCUGAAGAAUGAGGCUCUGUUGACUCCUCUGCAGUAUCUAGAUACUUAUGACUGUCCGAUCAAUGUGGUCAUGGAUUCUGGGCAUGUGUUUGGAAGCUCCAACCCAACCACAGUUUAAGUUGUGGUUGAAAGACCGUGUUUGGCCACCAUAUGAGCACUUUCUUCCCAUCCCAUGAAUGUGCUAUACCACAGUAUGUCUGCAUUAGUCAGAUUAUUUAUGCUGUACAGGAAUCACUGUUUUGGAGAGACCUGGAAAUGUACAGCAUGUUAUUUUAAUGUAUUCAUGUCAAUGCUUUAUUUUUUAAGACUUAUGGUAAACAUAAUUGCAUUAUGUUAGCAUGUAAAUAUUACAGUUGAGCCUGGUCAGUGACACAGAUGGAAAAAAAAAUACAAAGUAAUGCAGCAAAUAUAUUCUUACUGCACAAUCAUUAGCCCUCUCAAAGAGAUGAUACAUUAAUGUUUAGAUGAUGUUAAAAAAAAAAAGCUUUUGUGAUUAUCAAAUUUAACACACAACAAUAAUAGUUUUGCUUGUUACCUUAGAUUCUGUUCCAGCAUUUUUGGGUACUUUAACAUUUAGAAAAAUUGAAUAAAAUGUUUUAUUUAAACCA